AUGGAACUGAAGAAAAGGAACCACGAAGUCAGUAUUUUUCAACUAUUGAAAUUACCGAUCAAUCCAGCAAAUGUUAUCGGUAGUUCUGUUGAGAGCUCUUCACGAACACUUGCUAUAACUGCUGAUGUCAAACCUGGUAAUGAAUGGUUUGCGACAGGUGGUGCAGAUCGAAUUGUAAAGAUAUGGGAUCUCGCAAGUGGAAAAUUGCGAUUAUCAUUAACAGGACAUGUUAGCGCAGUUAGGUGCUGUAAAGUUUCACGAAGACAUUCGUUUCUUUUCACGGGUGGUGAAGAUAAGCAGUUUUCGACUUCUAAAAAUGAUUCAUAUAAUGCGCUGCUUAGCAGCAUUUGCUUAAAAAAUGAAGGUCAACAACGGCCAGCAGUAUUCAUUUAG